CACAACAGAAGACACAGAAAUCCUCCUCCUCCUCCUCAUCAGAAACAUGACUGUGAUCCGAGUCCUCAUCUGGACUCUCCUCUGCUGCUGCUUCACAGGUAAAGUCCAGAGAAUCCAACUCCUCUCCUCUAUGAACAUCCGUCCCUCUGAAAUGAAGCCCACAAAACUAUGACGCUGCUUUCUGUGUUUGUCCCUGUAUCCUCAGAGUCCAAAAUUCAGGUCACAGUGACUCAGCCUGCAGCUGUGACCUCUGCUGCAGGAGGAACCGUCACCAUCUCCUGUACGACUGGUCAGAAUGUUUUUGUUUCGAGCAACAAACACUUUUUAUCCUGGUACCAACAGAAGGAUGGAGAAACUCCUAAACUGCUCAUUUAUUAUGCUAGCACUCGAGCAUCAGGGAUAUCAGAUCGUUUUUCAGGCAGUGGAUCUGGAUCUAGUUUCACUCUGACCAUCAGUGGAGUCCAGACUGAAGAUGCAGCAGUUUACUACUGUAAAGGAGAAUUUGAUGUUAACAAGUAUGAGCUCUUCACACAGUGAAAAAGCGUCGUACAAAAACCUCCCUCAGUCAGACUGAACACACAGCUGCAGCUGAAGUUCCUGCAGACCCUGAUACACUUCAGUGAGGAUUCAGACACACACUAACACACACUAACACACACUAACACACACUUACACACUGCAGUCCUCAUCAAGAAUGGUCCAAAUGAACGCCUUAAAGCCACCUGAUAACUUUGUAUGCUGAUGAUACUCUGUUAUGAGUUUAUAAUGAUCAGUGUUGUGGAUACAGCACUACAAAGUAAUGGAUUACAGUGAAGAUGUUACUUUUUUGGGUAACAAAGUAAACUAACACACUCCACUGAAAACUUCUCCCUGUCGAAUGUAAACAAAAAGUUGCCUUCAAAGAUGCAUUGCGCAAUCAUGUGGCCUUUGAAAGUCCUAUGGAGGGAUCAAUUUGAGUGACAUUGCUGCGUACAAAAUACAAAAAGUACAAAAAUAUUCAUGUGAAACUCUAUGUACAGGCAACAUUUAUAGAAUAGACAAAAUGAUGCGGACUAUGCUCAGUGAUGUUCGGGCUCUGAUGUUUGUCCAUGUACCUCUACACGAGAAAGUAAAGUAAUAAGUAGUGAAGUUACUUUUCAAAUGUAGCAGCCAGUUAAAUAAUCUCAUUACAGUUUACAGUUUAAAAAUGACUUUUUAUGAGUAACUGCCCCAACACUGAUAAUGACCAAAAAACUCUCUUAGUUCUUUUGACUAGGUUUAUUCAAGAGGGACAUGAUAAAGCCUAACCCCCAAUUUCCACCAUAUCCAGAUCAGCUACAAAAAGGCUGUAUCCACCGAUCGCUGCUCAUCCUAACCGAGUUAAUGUGUCCAUUUCCACCGGCUUCUCUCUGUUCCGCUCCGGACUCUGCAGCUGAUCGCAAGAGUUAUAUUUUUCCCAGAUUAUUCGCUGCAGCUUGCCGUAUAAAUUCAGCACAGAUUAUUCUGUGCUGGAAAGGAAGUCGGGCACAGACACAAAAUAAAACAUCCGGCUUCUUUUCAAAAUAAAACACUACAUUGUAUUUCACACCAAGCAAACGGGUGGGGACGAACAAGUGGAAAGUUUCAGACGUCAUUUCACCCCAGUGACACCAUGGAUGAGGAGAUGAGGGGAAUUCCUCCUCUGGAGGGACACAGUCUACUGCUUAUAUAUGUGGCUGUCUUUACAGAGACAACCCGUUAUCGCACGAUUGCAUGUCCGUAAUCCGCCACGAUAUUCGCCUCACAAAUGGAUCCGGUAGGAAUUGGUGAACAGAGAAAAUCGCUGCCGUUAAGGAUGCAGUGGAAAUUGGGGGUUGGUCUACCGAGUGAUGUGGUCCAGUCUUCAAACCUCGAGUCCAAGCUGAGUCUUCAGUCCUCAGAGUCAUGGCUCCAAAUCCAGAAUAUCAUUUCAGAAGGACACUCAUUGACUGCAUGACCCUGGACUGACCUUGUGAUAUUGUCUGGAUGUGUAAAAAUCAUGUUUCACGUAGAGUCUGACUGAUCCUGCUGGUGUGUCUGAACAUCUACAUGAUCAACAAAGUUACAGUGCUGUGCUCAGUGUGUAAAUGUGCACAACACCUGUCUCUGUUUGGAGACUCACUCAUCAGUUCAUCUUUACUGGGAUUCAUUUGUUCACUCGUUUAUUUGACGAGGACAGAUGCACGAGACAAAACAGAUGCCAUCCAUACAGGUUUCUAACCAUGGAUGAUUUGCAUUUACUGACUAAACAUCAGCUGUUGUCAGUCACUUAAGUUCCCAACUAGUUUUUGGUCAUUAUGAACUCAUAACAGAGUAUCAUCAGCAUACAGAGUUAUCAGGUGGCUUUAAGGAGUUCACUUGGACUAUUGUUGAUGAGGACUGCAGUGUGUAAGUGUGUGUAAGUGUGUGUGAGUGUGUGUUAGUGUGUGUCUGAAUCCUCACUGAAGUGUAUCAGGAUCUGCAGGAACUUCAGCUGCAGCUGUGUGUUCAGUCUGACUGAGGGAGGUUUUUGUACGGCGCUUUUUCACCGUGUGUAUAUCCACAUUUCGUUCAGGAAGUGACCACUCUGACAGUAAUAAACUGCUGCAUCUUCAGUCUGGACUACACUGAUGGUGAAGAAGAAACUAGAUUUAGAUCCACGGCCUGUGAAACGACUUGAUACCCCUGCUACUCUAUUAACAGUGCGAUAAAUGAGCAGUUUAGGAAUUUCUCCAUCCUUCUGUUGGUACCAGUGCAGAUAGUUAGUGUUAUAUGCAUCGUGACUGGUUCCACAUGCGAUGGUGACGGAGGCUCCUGGAGCAGAAGUCACAGAUUCAGGCUGAGUCACUGUGACCUGUCCUCUGGUCUCUGAGGAUACAGAGAGAAACACAGAAAGCAGCGUCAUGGUUUUGUGGGCUUCAUUUCAGAGGGACGGAUGUUCAUAGAGGAGAGGAGUUGGAUUCUCUGGACUUUACCUGUGAAGCAGCAGCAGAGGAGAGUCCAGAUGAGGACUCGGAUCACAGUCAUGUUUCUGAUGAGGAGGAGGAGGAUUUCUGUGUCUUCUGUUGUGAUGAAGGACAGCUGUCAGUCAUCCAGUCUUCGACUCUCAGGACUAUAAAGUCUCCCAGAGCACUGGAGCAUGCUGCUGCUCAUGCAAACUCACUCUCUAUGGAAAUACUCAGAUUAACUCCAACAGGACCUUGGAUUACAGAGAUGUUCAAUAAUGGAUCAAUCAAUUCAUCUCCUGAUUGAUCAAACAGCUUUCCUGACUUGUAUCAUGAAGUUUUAGGUCUGUUCUUCUUCAUCCAUCUAUUUGGAGAGAUUCCUUCAGUCUUAGCCCGACGCUGAGGACAAUGAAUGUCAACUAUUCAGUAAAUCAAUAAAGAUCUUCAAAAACUGGAUUCAUCCAAAUGGACGACAUUGAAUUCUCUGCUUUCAUUGGGGCUCAAAACUCUUGCAGACAGAGACACGUUUAGGUGACUUUGUUUGUGUCAGAGUCAGAGAGCCGUGUCUCUAUAGUCAGAGGUUUUUGUACGGCGCCUCAAUGACUUUGUAUCACUGUGGUACACGUUCGGUAGAGGAACCAGACUGGAUGUUGGAAGUAAGUCAAAUAUAAAGUCUUUUUUUGUUUGUUUCAGAAGCUUCUUUACUUUUAGGGGACAAAAGUCACUUUGCUUUUUUAAUUUUAAGAUGAUUUUUUUAAUAAAACAGAAAAAUUUCACUUUGGGUUGAAGAGGUACUAAAGAAAAAGUCAUUUCAGAUUUUGAAGUCGGGCUCAUCUUUUCCUACAAAUUUACUAUUUAAUCUUCAGACUUGAGUGAACAAAGUUGGAUCCCGAGGGCUCGUAGGUUUAAUUCAGUCAGAGUCAGAGAGCCGCGUCUCUCUACAGUCAGAGGUUUUUAUAAGGCGUCUCAAUGACUUUGUAUCACUGUGGUGGACUUUUGGUGGAGGAACCAGACUGGAUGUUGGAAGUAAGUUUCCGUAAAGUUUUUUAAUCUGAGUAUGAAGGAGUGUUUGAUGUUUAAUGCAGAUAAAUGUCGUUUGUUAGAUUAAACUGAAAGAAUUCUUUAAUUUCUCAUCGUUUACUGUGGAAGUGAACUCAGGACAGCUUUACUGCACAGUUAAGAUAAACAGGCUGAUGGUUAAAAGGCUCAUAUUAGGAAUUUGAAACUCUUAAAAAUGCAUUUUAAAUUUGCACACAGUGAUAACUCUAAAGAUUUUUAUGUGAAUCAAGAUUCUCAACAAUUUGUAAAAGUGAUCGAUUUGAAAUUGAAGAUAGCCUCUGAAAGUUUUUUGAGUUCGACGUCAAUGUUUUAUUUUAAAAAGCGUUCUCCUCCUUUUCUGUUGAUUCAGAUUGACAUGACGAACACAGAAAUGUAGUCGGUAAAGAUUGUGGAUAAUUUCAGUGAUUUUCAGUGGGGUUAGUCAGUAUCUGAGAGUCUCUGUGCUGAUGUGCAUGAGAGGUUUCUUAAAGGGAAGAAGAAAAUCGACGUUCAACAUUGAAGCUGUCCCUGUCUCUGCUGUUUGAUUGACAGCUGUGUGCUCCCUGUCCUCUAAGCUGAUUGGUGUCUCCUAGGUGAUACCCGUCCCACCCUGACGGUGCUGCCCCCCUCCAGAAAGGAGCUGAUGCAGCAGCAGGGGAAGGCCACGCUCAUGUGCCUGGCCAUCGAGGGCUUCCCCUCAGACUGGACUCUGGUCUGGCAGGUGGACGGCAGCAGCAGCAGCAGCACCUGGGAGGUGAGCAGGAGCCCUGGGGUGCUGGAGAAGGACGGUAAAUACACCUGGAGCAGCACCCUGAGGCUCCCUGCAGACCAGUGGGACAAGGUGGGCUCUGUGACCUGUGAGGCCACCCAGGGCUCCCAGACUCCGGUCUCACAGACCCUGAGGAGAGACCAGUGUUCCUAGUAGUGAUCUGAUUCACUGGGACCCAGAUUCAGUUUUUCCUCUCUCCCUGCUCUCAGUCUAAACUCUCUCUCUCUGCGUCUCUUCUCAAACAUGUUUUUGCUUUUUCUCUUUUUGAUCGUUUCAGAAGUUUAACUCAAUAAAAACAUUACAUUAAAGUCAGCUCUAUGUGG